AUGCAAGCGCAUGUCAAUCAUUAGCUCUCAUGUGAUAGCUCUCGCGCAUGACGUGCCAACCAUAUGGCACUGGCAGCAGAGCUGGUACCCCCUUUGCUGGGUAGAGAUGCCACUCUCGCCUCCUUUUGGAUAGAGGACUGCAGGAGGCUGGAGCACCUCAAGGAGCCACGUCCCGCUCCCAGAAGAUGCUGGGAACAAUGAAAUAAGAAUUCCUCCAGUCAGCGCCGAAGCCAUCAUGUUGACGCGACUUUUCAGCGAGCCCAGCCUGAUCCCCGAAGUUCAGAAAUUCUCCAGCUGGGCCGAGGAGUGCGAGGAGGAUGCCCGCAGCGACAAGGAGGAGCGGAAGGGUAAGGGCUGCGCCCUCCCCGAGGAGCCGCCCGAGGGCUCGCUGGGGGAGAGCAAGGAGGAAGGGGAGCUAGGCGGGGACGAGGAGGAGGAGGAGGAGGAGGAGGAAGGCCUGGAGGAGGCGGAGGGCGAGCGGCCCAAGAAGCGCGGCCCCAAGAAGCGCAAGAUGACCAAGGCGCGCCUGGAGCGCUCCAAGCUGCGGCGGCAGAAGGCCAACGCUCGGGAGCGCAACCGCAUGCACGGCCUGAACGCGGCCCUGGACAACCUGCGCAAGGUCGUGCCCUGCUACUCCAAGACCCAAAAGCUCUCCAAAAUCGAGACGCUGCGCCUGGCCAAGAACUACAUCUGGGCUCUGUCCGAGAUCCUGCGCUCGGGCAAACGGCCCGACCUGGUCUCCUACGUGCAGACUCUGUGCAAGGGGCUCUCGCAGCCCACCACCAACCUGGUGGCCGGUUGCCUGCAGCUCAACUCCCGCAACUUCCUGACGGAGCAGGGCCAGGAGGGCGGCCGCUACCACGGCCCCAACGCGUCGUUCGCCGUGCACCCCUACCCCUACCCCUGCUCGCGGUUGGCCGCUGCUCAGUGCCCCCCGCCCGCCGGGCCGGGCUCGCACGGGCUGAGGACACACAGCUACUGCGCGACCGCUUACGAGAGCCUCUACGGCAACGCGUCCCCCGAUUACAACAGCUCGGAGUACGACGGUGGGCUCAGCCCCCCGCUGUGCAUUAACGGCAACUUCUCCCUCAAGCAAGACUCUUCCCCCGACCACGAGAAAAGCUACCACUACUCUAUGCACUACUCGGCGCUGCCCGGCUCCCGCCCCGCCGGCCACAAUCUGGUCUUCGGUUCGGCGGGGGUGCGCGGGGGGGUGCACUCCGAGAACCUCUUCCCCUACGAUAUGCACCUCCCGCACGAGCGGGGCCCCAUGUACGAGGAGCUCAACGCCUUCUUCCACAACUGACCCCCCCCAACCCCGGGGCUCCGCCGUGGGCUUUGGUGCAAUAGUGGGACCCGGCCCGGCAGCGGGUCCUGAGCCCCUUGGGGACAAAGUGCUUUUUUUUGGACCAUUUUCCCCCUUUUCGGACGAUUAUUCCCCCCCCCCUCAUCCCCUUCUC